AUGAGUUCAAAUACUUUCAUAAUAUGUACAAGAUGUCUAGGAGAUUCAAAAUUCAUCAAAAUGACAAAACAUGAAAAUGGAGAAGAAUGUAAACAAUGUACAAGACCUUUCACAGUAUAUAAAUUUAGAAAUGCAUCAGCUUCAACAAAACCUUUGAGUACAGUAAUAUGUGAAACGUGCGCAAAAGCACGAAGUAGUUGUCAAAUCUGCUUAUUAGAUAAGGAGUUUGGAAUACCUGUUGAAUUAAGAGAUGCUGCUUUGAAAAUGGCCGGGUUAGAACCUAUUUCAAUACUACGAACUUCAAAGAAUAGAGAAGUUAAAGCUAUUAUGGCUGAUAAAUUGGAAAAUUCAUUUAAAAACCAGAAACAGAAUGAUGAAAAAGCAAAAGAAUUAUUAUCGAAACUAGCGGAAAAAUAUAAUGAUCAAAAUUCAACUGAAGAAAAUACUACCAAUAAAGAUGAAUCUAGUAGUAAAUCUAUAUCAAAAUCAUUUAAAAAACUACCUUUUAGUAACUCAUUAAACUCAGAUAAAUAUCCAGAACUAACUACUUUUUUCAUAUUUGGAUUCCCAACAGAUUUCCCACAAUACCUACUUUCAAAAUAUUGUUCAAAAUUCGGUCAACUUAAAAGUAUAAAUAUAAAUCAUAGUUGUCGUUGUGGAUAUAUAACAUUUGAAGAUAGAUCAUCAUCAGAAAUAUUUGCUAGUUCAGUAAAUGAAAAUGGUCUUAAUAAUAACACCAAAACCGCAGGGUUGAUUAAUAUAGAUAAUUAUCCAAUGAGAGUAUGUUAUGGUAAACAAAAACCUCUAGGUAAGACUAAUGAAGAUCAGAAACAAUUGAGUUUAUUGGUUGGUAGAGUUAUGAAACAAUUGGCUGAAAAAGAUUUGAAAUUUGAAAGAGAUAAAGUUGCAGUUAAAAAAUAG